GCAAUGGCGGUGCUAUAGGGGUACGGAGUAGAUGGUGCCGUGAGUUGGAUGAGUUGUUCAAUUCCUACAAUGAUUGUUAAGGCCAGAUACGUGAAGGAAUAAAGGAAUAUCUCAUCUGUGUGGGGCGUAGGCUCGAGUUUUUGAGUGGAGCAAAGACGGAGAGCUCUAUCCAUUUAGAUGAUAUUUUUGUGUUGCCAAAACAUUACUGGCUAGCCAGCUACAGUAGCUGUCCUAAUGCAGUUCUUGCAAGCCAUCGUGGUGAGUUAUCUGACGUUUGCUAUCUAGCUAGCUUGCGCUACAUCUGUAUUCAGUAACCACCACCCAUCAGUUUUGUCUACCAGCCUUACUGGUGGAUCAGACCGGAUCAGAUAUAAUUGGACCGAUCCGAAAAACAAGCAUGGCUGAGAGAAAUUCCACGGGAUUACUAAUGAUGAUGUUGGAGCCAACACCGGCGGCUGCGAUGACUCUACCGGCGGAGGUUCGCGAGAAGCUGGCUGAGCUGGAGUUGGAGCUUUCUGAAGGGGACAUCACGCAGAAGGGCUAUGAGAAGAAAAGAGGAAAGCUGCUGGCUCCCUACAUCCCCCAGACACAAGGUGUAGACCCGUCUCUGCAGACUGACGGCAGGGUCCAGCCCGCACCAGCCGCUCCUGCGGCCUCCAAGCAGCACAAGACCCGGGCCGCCAACUCCCGCGAUGAGCGCUUUCGAUCCGACAUCCACACAGAAGCUGUGCAGGCGGCCCUGGCUAAGUACAAAGAGAGGAAGAUGCCCAUGCCCUCCAAGCGACGCUCCGUGCUAGUCCAGUCCUCCGUGGAGGCAUGCACCCCCCCAGACACCUCGUCGGCUUCUGAAGACGAGGGCUCGCUGCGGAGGCAGGGCCGGACGGCCUCCUCCACGCCCUGUCAGGCCCACCCCAGCGUGGAGCACUGGUUUAACAGGGUCAUCCAGGGCUCGUCCACCUCAUCCUCCGCCUCCUCCACCUCAUCCCACCCCGGAGGGAGGCCCCACGCGGCGGCCGCCGCCACUCUGCUAGCCGACCUCAUGGCGCACACCCAGAUAGAUAACCACUGUGCGCCCCCAGAUGUGACGGGCGUGUCCGAGCGCUCCGUGCACGUGGAGCGGCCCCAGGUGCCCUCAGUGCGAGGCGUCCCACGGGGCUGCAACCAUGGCAACGCCCUGGAAACUGCCGACGGCUUUCCUGGGAAAGGUGGGAGUGUCGUCCGUAGAACGGAUGGCGUCCCUGUGAACAGCCGCGUCUCCUCCAAGAUCCAGCAGCUGCUGAACACGCUGAAGAGGCCCAAGCGGGCUCCGCUGCGCGAGUUCUUCCUGGACGACUUCCAGGAGCUGCUGGACGUCCAGCAUCCUGACCCAAACCAGCCCAAACCGGAGGGGACCCAGAUGUGUCCGCUCGAAGGGGAGCCUCUGGGCGUGGUCACAAAUUGGCCCCCCUCCCUGCUGGCGUCCCUGCAGCGCUGGGGCAGCAGCCAGCCCAAGAGCCCCUGCCUGACCUCCCUGGACAACGCGGGCAAGCCCGUGUACACCCUGACCUACGGCAAGCUGUGGACACGGAGCUUGAAGCUGGCCUACACCCUGCUGAACAAGCUGAGCUCCAGAAACGAACCUCUGCUCCGGUCCGGGGACCGCGUUGCACUCGUGUUCCCAAACAACGACCCUGUUAUGUUCAUGGUGGCCUUCUAUGGCUGUCUCCUGGCUGAGCUGGUGCCUGUGCCCAUAGAGGUGCCCCUCACACGGAAGGAUGCAGGAAGUCAGCAGAUCGGCUUCCUUUUGGGCAGCUGUGGGGUCACCCUGGCCCUGACAACAGACGCCUGUCAGAAGGGUCUCCCCAAAGCUCAGACGGGGGAGGUCGCCACCUUCAAAGGUUGGCCACGGUUGCUGUGGUUUGUGACAGACGGCAAGCACGUAGUUAAGCCCCCCAAAGACUGGCACCCCUCAGUACGGGAUGCCAGCAAUGACAUCGCCUACAUCGAGUAUAAGACCAGCAAGGAGGGCAGCACCAUGGGCAUUACUGUGUCACACUCCGCCAUGUUGGCGCACUGCCACACGCUCACGCAGGCCUGCGGCUAUGCAGAGGCUGAGACCAUAACGAAUGUUCUGGAUUUCAAAAGGGAUGCAGGGCUAUGGCACGGUGUUCUCACGAGUGUAAUGAACAGGAUGCACGUGGUCAGCGUCCCCUACUCCCUGAUGAAAGUCAACCCCCUCUCCUGGAUUCAGAAAGUGCACGCCUACAAAGCGCGGGUGGCGGUGGUGAAGUCGCGGGACAUGCACUGGUCGCUCCUGGCCCAGCGGGACCAGCGGGACAUCAGCCUCAGCUCCCUCCGCAUGCUGGUCGUCGCAGACGGAGCCAACCCAUGGUCCAUCUCGUCCUGCGACGCCUUCCUCAACGUGUUCCAGGCGCGGGGGCUUCGGCCCGAGGUGAUCUGUCCCUGCGCCAGCUCUCCCGAGGCCAUGACCGUCUCCAUCCGCAGACCUCCUGAGAUGGGCGUCCCUCCCCCGGGGAAGGCGGUUCUGUCCAUGAGCGGUCUGAGCUACGGGGUCAUCAGAGUGGACACGGAGGAGAAGCUGUCCGUGCUCACUGUGCAGGACGUGGGGCAGGUCAUGCCCGGGGCUCUGGUGUGCGUGGUGCGGGUGGACGGCACGCCCUCGCUCUGUCGGACGGACGAGGUGGGCGAGAUCUGCGUCAGCUCCUCCAGCUCCGGCGUGGCCUACUUCGGCCUCCCGGGAAUGACCAAGAGCGUCUUCCAGACCAUCCCGGUGACGUCAUCGGGGGCUCCCAUCAGCGACAGGCCCUUCACUCGCACCUCGCUGCUGGGCUUCGUGGGACCGGACAACCUGGUGUUUGUUGUGGGGAAGAUGGACGGGCUGAUGGUGGUCAGCGGGCGGAGACACAACGCGGACGACGUGGUCGCCACGGCGCUGGCAGUUGAGCCCAUGAAGUUUGUCUAUAGAGGCAGAAUCGCCGUGUUCUCCCUGUCCGUGCUGCAUGACGACCGCGUGGUGGUGGUGGCAGAGCAGAGGCCCGACGCGUCCGAAGAGGACAGCUUCCAGUGGAUGAGCCGAGUGCUGCAGGCCAUCGACAGCAUCCACCAGGUGGGGGUGUACUGCUUGGCCCUGGUCCCUGCCAACACACUGCCCAAGGCCCCUCUGGGCGGCAUUCACAUCUCUGAGACCAAGCAGCGCUUCCUGGAGGGGGCGCUGCACCCCUGCAACGUGCUCAUGUGCCCCCACACCUGCGUCACCAACCUGCCCAAGCCCCGGCAGAAACAGCCAGAGGUGGGCCCUGCUUCAAUGAUAGUGGGGAACCUGGUGGCUGGGAAGAGAAUCGCUCAGGCUUGUGGGAGAGACGUGACGCAACUGGAGGACAAUGACCAGGCACGUAAGUUCCUGUACAUGCAGGAUGUUCUGCAGUGGAGGGCGCAGGCAACCCCAGAUCAUCCUCUUUUUCUGCUGCUGAAUGCCAAGGGCACUGUGGCCAGCACCGCCUCCUGCCUGCAGCUGCACAAGCGGGCGGAGCGUGCCGCCGUGGCGCUGAUGGAGAGGGCGAGGCUGAACACGGGGGACCACGUGGCUCUGCUGUACCCCCCAGGUAUCGACCUGAUCGCCACCUUCUACGGGUGCCUGUAUGCAGGCUGCGUGCCAGUCACCGUCAGACCCCCCCACUCGCAGAAUCUGGCAACCACCCUGCCCACCGUCAAGAUGAUUGUUGAGGUCAGCAAGUCCGUUUGCAUCCUGACCACUCAAGCAAUAAUGAAGCUGCUCAAAUCCAAAGAGGCCGCAGCCGCCGUUGAUGUGAAGACGUGGCCGAUGGUGCUAGACACAGAUGACCUCCCGAGGAAGAAGGCUCCUCAGAUCUACAAGCCUCCCACUCCUGAGAUGCUGGCCUACCUGGACUUCAGUGUGUCCACCACUGGAAUCCUAGCAGGAGUGAAGAUGUCCCACGCUGCCACCAGUGCCUUGUGCCGCUCCAUUAAGCUGCAAUGUGAGCUGUACCCCUCCCGCCAGAUCGCCAUCUGCCUGGACCCCUACUGCGGCCUGGGGUUUGCCCUCUGGUGUCUGUGCAGCGUGUACUCAGGUCACCAGUCCAUCCUGGUCCCCCCCCUGGAGCUGGAGAGCAACGUGUCCCUGUGGCUGACGGCGGUCAGCCAGUACAAGGUGCGCGUCACCUUCUGCUCCUACUCCGUCAUGGAGAUGUGCACCCGAGGGCUGGGCCCACAGACCGAGGCGCUCCGGAUGCGGAACGUGAACCUGUCGUGCGUGCGCACCUGCAUGGUGGUGGCGGAGGAGCGGCCCCGCAUCGCCCUCACUCAGUCCUUCUCCAAGAUCUUCAAGGACCUGGGCCUCUCCGCCCGAGCCGUCAGCACCACCUUCGGGUGCCGGGUCAACGUGGCCGUCUGCCUGCAGGCCAACAGGCUGGGGAAGCUGGCUGAGCAGGGUACUGCUGGUCCUGACCCCACCACCGUCUAUGUGGACAUGAGAGCACUGCGGCAUGACAGGGUACGUCUAGUGGAGAGAGGGUCACCUCAUAGCCUCCCGCUAAUGGAAUCUGGAAAGAUCUUGCCAGGGGUGAAGGUGAUUAUAGCAAACACGGAGACUAAAGGGCCCCUGGGAGAUUCGCACCUGGGCGAGGUCUGGGUGAGCAGCCCCCACAAUGCAACGGGGUACUACACCGUGUACGGAGAGGAGGCGCUGCACGCCGACCACUUCAGCACGAAGCUGAGCUUCGGGGACACGCAGACGGUGUGGGCGCGCACCGGGUACCUCGGCUUCCUGCGUCGCACAGAGCUCACCGACGCCUGCGGAGAGCGCCAUGAUGCGCUGUAUGUGGUGGGCUCCCUGGACGAGACUCUUGAGCUGAGAGGCAUGCGCUACCACCCCAUCGACAUCGAGACGUCCGUCAUCCGCUCGCACAAGAGCAUCGCAGAGUGCGCGGUGUUCACCUGGACCAACCUGCUGGUGGUGGCGGUGGAGCUGUGUGGCUCGGAGCAGGAGGCCCUGGACCUGGUGGCCCUGGUGACCAGCGUGGUGCUGGAGGAGCACUACCUGAUCGUGGGCGUGGUGGUGGUGGUGGACCCCGGGGUCAUCCCCAUCAACUCCCGCGGGGAGAAGCAGCGCAUGCACCUGCGCGACGGCUUCCUGGCCGACCAGCUGGACCCCAUCUACGUGGCCUACAACAUGUGAGCUCUCUGGGGCGUGCCGCAGAGACGGGGAGGGGAGAGGGACUCUCGCACCUCGGACCGGUGGGGACGGUAGCCAGAUCUCUUCGGCCGCUCCGCUUUGCCAUGCUCCGGGCCUUUGAGGGGGUCAUACCACACGUUUGCUUUUGUUGCGAGUCACUCAUAGAAUGCUCAUCUGCAAACCACAUAGAAACCCAUGUCGUACCUGUACUUAUGGGAGGGGGCCUCCUGUAUAUUUCUCUCACACCUAUAUGGCUGUAUUGCCCCAAAGCCCAGUGUCCUGACACAGAAACCCCCCCCCCCCCCCCCCCCCCCCUCCCUCCCCUCCCCGCUGUGCUGUGUUUGGAGGAGUGGGUGGAGGGCGGGGCGUUUGGGGCAAAGGGGCGUGUGAACCAUCAUUGUGCCUCAUUUCACUUGGUUGGGUGUUGUUCUUCUCUCAUUCUCAUGUAUGUCCUAUGGUUUAGACAAAAAUUGGAAUGUCUGAUUUAACAAAUGUGUGCUUGUUAAGUAUAUUUUUACUUUAUUUAAAAAACAUAACAUUCCUGUCUGCAUUUUUGUACAAAACCGUUUAUUCACAAAAACAAGACACAAGAUGUAUGCAAAUUAAUUGUUAGAUGUGUGAAAUUAAUUUAUUUUAUAUUGACUGACCUUACUGUGGUUUUAAAAGAACAAAAUGCAAAAACGUUUUUUACAUUGUUUCAUCUCUUUGAGUUGCUUCGAUUGACAGCACCUUACUGCAUUUUUCUGCAGUAUCUAAUUAAAUCCAUUAAGCAUUGGUUGUUUUCACAAACCUUGUUUCUGCAAAGUUUGUUCAGCAGGUUCCUCAGGUUCCUCAGGUGUUUUUCAAGAGGAGGCUUGACAGUUGAUUCUUGGUGUAGUACACACCAGUCAGAACAUGACUGUGCUGUGACUGACUUUUUGCUGGUCAGUACAAGUUUUCUUGCCCAUUUCAGGGCAUAGUUUCUUCAUCUUAAAAUGAUUUUUACUUGUGAUUAAUUACAUCUUCAAAUUAUCCAUCUGACAAUUGCAUCACAACUCUACUAAUUUGAGAGAGCAGAGAAUUAAAUUAAAUGAGUAAAGAUCAUUAUUGAAUUCAUGCAAAAUUUAAAUUGUGAGAGGGGUGUGAUUUUGUUUUGAGAAAAUCCAAACCAGCUUUACACUAGUUCCUCUAAAAUAUUAUGGUUUUGUUAUUACUUUCAAAAUCAUUGUCUUCACAGAAAUGUAUCUUUCAGCCAACAUUAUAACAUGGCUUGGGAAUUCUGCAUAAAUAACAAUGAUUCAGUUGACUGGAGGAACUGACUGUCUGAUCGGCACCUUAAUCUCUCUGAAUCUCCACUCUCUGUCUGAAUCUCUAGCUACAAGUGUUGAGUUGUGAACCAGAGGGACAAAGCUUUGCAUACUGUAUUCAACCUAUGAAGUGAGUGAACCUGAUGUGAAGACCCUCUCUGAAGAUUGUUUCCUCUAAAGCCUGUGCUGUACCCAAGCUUGUGAGCUUGGAAAUGGGCAUCGAGCCUACUGUAUUUAUGUACAGAUCUUGUGUAAGUUAUUUUUGGAAUUCCACAAUUUUUGGGAAUUCCACAACUGGUUGUAGCAGCAAUCCCAUGGAGCAGAAGAGACUGAAUUUGCACAGAAUGGACCAGACUAACCAUACAAGUGUUAUAGUUUUGUUUUAUAACCAGACAAGAAAGCAUACAUGAUAAAUAAUAUGCCUUGUACUAUUUUGUAUUGGUGGGAGGGGGGAGGAUGUUGAGAUGGGUUGAUUUUAGAGAAAAUAAAACACAUUAAAAUAUUUUUAAAAUUAA